AUGGCAGUCCAGCAAAUUGGGCCGGCAGCGCCGCCCAUCAGCAUUCCGUCUCGUAGUUCGUCGCUCGGCGAACAGCCACGCUUCUAUGUCCCCUUUCUCGAGUCGGCUUACAUUACCUGGCCAGCACCCAGAUCGCGCUACACACCUCCGAAGCCGUCGUCUCCCGAUGAUGUCGAUGUCGAUGUCGUCGAACCCUUCCCAGACUUUCAAGAUCCUUCGGCCAAUCUCAUCAUCGCGCGCACCGUUUUGCUAGACAACUUGCAUCGCCAGGGCUGCGCCCGCGACCCUGCUGCACCACUCUCGACCCCGUUUCGAAGCCUUUACUCCCGCAUCACGCCGUUGACAGGACACAUCAAAGUCGACGAGGACUUGACUCGACAAAGAGCGUCUGUCGAUCAUAUCAUGGAAAUUGGAGAGACUGUGCGUACCCAGCGCAUGCUGGGCAAUACUGCAAAACCGGUCAGUCUAGGAGGUACGUAUCCUGUUAGCAUGAAAGACCCUGAGCCGAAAGAUUUCUUGAAGUACAAGCUGAAGAAGCAGGCCAAAAACGGCAUCACAGAAGCUAUUAGAAUCCAAAAGGCUCUCGAGUGCUUCGCUAGCGAUGCCGAGACCGAAAAUAACGAUCAUGAGCACGAGCGAGGACGAUCUACCAGCCGCAAACAACGUCGGGCGCUGGCCGCUAUUCAUACGACCUACGGUCCCGAGCGAGCCAUCCAGAACCUGUUGAUGUUGCGCGAGACAUAUCCUGCAUACUUUAUGCCUGGAACACUGAAUGCGGCGGUUGACAUGACGAAGACUAGCAACCCGGAUACACAGGAAAGUCAGAGCAAAGCUUUGGUAAUAUCCUCGAAGCCUGCCGCACUGCUAACUCAGGGCCUUCAAGGACUUGGCAUAUAUCCAGCGCCUCUUGCCUCGCAUCCCACUUCGGACAAGUCGGUCGCGUCCUCCACUACAUCUUCGAAUGGCACUGUGGCCGAAGAAGACAAUACUCCUGCAGAAACCGAAGAUCUCUCUUCUGAGAAGCAAAAUCAAAUGGUAAGUGAGCACAUUCAAUUUGCUGACAUCGACAGCUCCCCCCUCAAGGUGACUUUGAAACCAGUACCUUCAGAAGCCGAGGCCGAGGCUAUUCCAAGCUCAACCAAGACCAUGACAUUGACACCAUCGGAUUCAACAGUGGCAGCGGAGACGCGAAAUGAUUCCAAUGAGAUGGCUUCGAAACGACACGGACGAUGCUUUUACAUUGAACGAGAACCCGUCACUGUGCUCCCUGCCGAACUUGAGGAAAAGGAUGAGUCUGACGGUGAAAUAGAAACCGAAAGCUAUGUAAGUGUCCCAACUUCACCCCUUUUAUUCUCCUCCGAGUUCGCCACACCAAACGUGACCCAGAGAAGUCGGUCGCAGAGCGAUUCAGCGGUGAUUACAUCCUUGGUCUCUGCAGACGAAUCAAGCCUAGACAGCGACUCUGACAACCAAUACACGGUCAUCUCCCCGCAAACAGCUGUGCUUGAUGUGAAUGACAAUGACAAAGAAUGGGUCAUGGUUAACAAGCCUACCGGAAACAAGGCUGUGCAACGUGAACGUGAACCUCAGCCUGCCCAUCAUCCGCGCGUAUUUCGAGGAUACGUGACUGGUGGUCAGAGUCACCCUCUACGAAGACCACGAUCGAUGAUUUCCCUGCCAACACGACGCAUCGAGCAUUCAGGCGAUGCAUACGCAGUGGUCACCAACAACUCGAACAGCGAUAGCGACAGCAACUCUAGUGCUGACUCCGAGUCCGAGUCCGAGUCCGAUAUUGUAGGACCUCAUGUUCUGUCGAACAUGGUUUCCGCACUCGGUCGUGAACUCUUCGGUCGGCAUCCUGUGUAA